ACACCAGCAGCAGCAGAUAAACCGAAGCAGGUCGCUGCAUUACAGCAGAUUUCUUCUGACGCUUAUUGUGUGAGACUGAGAAGCAUCUGUGUGCAGUGUUGAGCAUGGCGUCGGUUCUGCAGAAGCUCAUCACUCCUCUGUCUAGCGGGCCGCUCGAGCCGCCGAGGAGCAAAGUGACGGUGGUGGGUGUGGGACAGGUCGGCAUGGCCUGCGCCGUCAGUGUUCUGCUGCGGGAGCUGGCGGAUGAGCUGGCGCUGGUGGACGUUAUAGAGGACAAACUCAAGGGCGAGAUGAUGGACUUGCAGCACGGAAGCCUCUUCCUAAAGACACCCAAGAUUGUCUCAGGCAAAGAUUACUCUGUGACGGCUAACUCUCGUAUCGUGGUGGUGACGGCAGGCGUGCGUCAGCAGGAGGGCGAGAGCAGACUGAAUCUGGUGCAGAGAAACGUCAACAUCUUCAAACACAUCAUCCCGCAGAUCGUCAGAUACAGUCCCAACUGCAUCCUCAUCGUCGUGUCCAACCCAGUGGACGUAUUGACAUACGUGACCUGGAAGCUGAGCGGCCUGCCCAAGCACCGCGUCAUCGGCAGCGGGACCAACCUGGACUCGGCUCGCUUUCGGUAUCUGAUGGCCGAGAGGUUGGGCAUCCAUCCCAGCAGCUUCAACGGAUGGAUUCUGGGAGAACAUGGCGACUCCAGCGUUCCCGUUUGGAGUGGCACUAAUGUGGCAGGAGUCAGUCUGCAGAAACUCAAUCCAGAUAUUGGCAAAGACACGGACCGAGAGAACUGGAAAGAAACGCACAAGAAAGUCGUGGACAGCGCCUAUGAGGUGAUCCGACUGAAGGGCUACACUAACUGGGCCAUCGGGCUGAGUGUGGCCGACCUGACAGAGAGUCUCAUGAAGAACCUCAACCGAGUCCAUCCCGUAUCCACCAUGGUGAAGGGUAUGUACGGCAUCAGUGACGAGGUGUACCUGAGCCUGCCGUGCGUGUUGAACAGUGCUGGAGUGGGCAGCGUGGUCAACAUGAGCCUGACCAGCGACGAGGUCUCGCAGCUGAAGAAGAGCGCAGACAUGCUGUGGCACAUCCAGAAAGACCUGAAAGACCUGUAACGCUGACUCGCAAACCAAUGGCUAUUAUUCACAGCUUCGAAUGUUUGAUUGCUGCCAUGACAAGACAUCCAUGCCUAAGAUUUUUCUUUUAACAUCCUAGUUGUAUUAUGUUCUUGAAAUCAUCUUUCAAAUGAUUUAGGGGUUUGAAUUUACGUAUAUAAAGGAGUAGUUCACCCAAGAAUGCAAUUUGAUGAAUGUUUACUCACCUUCAGGCCAUCCAAGAUGU